AAAGCUGUUUCUGCACCGUGAAGUUCCCAUCAUCUUGAUUCUCCUUCCAGAAGACGGAGUGCAGCAGCCCUCCAGUUGGAGAACCCUGCACGAAGGACAUGCCGUCGGAAGAAGCUGCUUUUCCAAGCGGCCCUAGAGAUAGCCCCGAUCCCACGGGAAAGGGUGACGGAGCCCAGUCGGGGGCAUCAGAGUUGGCCUCGACAGGAGAGGAGCUGAAGGCUGAUAACCAAGAGUCGAGACUGGCCCUUGCUCAGGCGGAGAGCCGACUCCAGGAGAAGGCGCAGGAGCGGUGGCGUUUACAGGGCCACGUGGAGGUGUCCCGCCUGGAGCUGGCUCAGUGGAAGAAGCAACAUGGCCGGGGCGACCUGGCAGAGGCCGGGACUCAGGAUGGCCGAGGAAGGCGGCUGUCAGAGGAUGUGGGGCGUUUACGCCGAAGCAGGGAGCAAGAGAAGGGCCUUGCGGGGACAGAGAGGAUGUCCUCUGGCAGCACCCGGCGGAGUGUCAGCUCCUCCCGCUUGGAACAACUGGCCGAAAAACGAGGCUCUGCCACCAGACAGAAAGGCUUGGCCUUUCAGAGCCCCAAAGGCCCGACUACCGAGCGAAGCCCGGAGGAACUGCAGGCCCUCAGGGUGGAAGUACUGACCCUCCGCCGGCGCCUGGAGGCCUCGGAGAGCCAGCGCAAAACCCUCCUGGAGAGCUGUUGGCAACAGCAGAGGACCCGGGCCUGGGUUCAAGAGAGGCAGACGCCCCUGUUGGGGCUGAGAGUGGCAUCGUGGCAGAGGAGAAAAGAGGCUUCCCGCCACCAGGCUGGGAAGAAACCGCAGGCUUUGGAGGGGAGAGAAGUCACAGGAAAGAGAGGAGCGCUCGGGUCCAGAGGGGAGGAGGCGCUGGAGGCUCAAACAGAGCAAGAAGGUCCAGAAGAGGCUGAACCAGAAAUGGGAACGCCUAACACCCCUGCAGGGCGGGCCAAGGCAGAGGCGCCUUGUCUAGCGAAAGCUGAGGAGCUAAACCGGACCCAAGAUGAAGCUCAUGCAGAAGGAAAACCUGAUGAACCUGGGGAGGCCACGGAGGGCUGGCGUGAGACUAUCCGGACUCUAGCCGCCGGCAAAGCCGAAGCGGAAGCCCAAGCCCGCCUGGCCCAGCAGAAGCUCCAAAGCUUGCAGGCCACGUUAGGGCUCCAGACGGAACGGCUGUCUCAAGCCUUAGAGGCCCAAAGCCGCCACGUGGAGGAGUUGGUGGCCGACGCCGAGGGGAAGGAACGACUCGUGGACAGCCUGCGGCGAGAGCUGGAGGACACCAAAAACGCCCUGGACGCGGCCCACGGGGAGACGCAAAGCCUGCGGGCGUUGUUGGAGGAGAAGGAGGAAGAACUGCGUCGCGUUGGCGCCAAAACUGCCCACGGGUUAGCCGGGGAUGGCGAGGCCACGCUCGCCCGAGGCGACAAAGCCGGCAUGGCGCGCAAUGGCCUGGCCACAUGUGCGCAGAAAGAGGGUCAUGAGCAGGCAGAACUGGAGACUUUUCUGGCCCAACUCCUUCGAGAAAACCAGGCCCUUCGGCAUGAACUAAUACACUGGGAAGCAAUGAUUGUGGAAAAGGGGGACCUUGAUUCCUGCUCCAUAUCUUCAACGCUCCACGGAGAAGCCACGGCUGCCAAUGUUCUCCAAGCUUCCCAGAAGGUGGCACUCCUUAUCCAGGAGAGCCAACGCGAUGUCCAGACCCAGACGGAGGGACCCGAGGCAGGCGUCCAGCAUCGGCGCCGGGAGAGGGUCUCCGUGGCCUUUGAUGACACCCAAUACGAGCCUUACGGGCUUCCUGAAGUGGUCAUGAAAGGAUUUGCUGACAUCCCUUCCGGGCCCUCCUGCCCUUAUGUUCUCCGCCGGGGCAUUUUGGGAAGUGCCCCCGUUGCCCAGCUGGCCCCAAAAGCAGAACCAGAAGAGGAUGGUCUCGAAGCGGAAGAAGAAGCCAGCCUCUGAAAACCCAGCUCACCAGCUCAGAUUUCCCGAUUUCUCCAGUGUAAAGUGUGUGUUUUUUUUGAUGUGUCGUCGGCUUCGUCUUGGAUUUUUAAAAACAACCUGUGCCGAGAUAUCUGCAGCGGCCAACCGUUGAGAAGUUUAAUGGCUGUUAGCAACACACGCACAAGGAGUCUGCUGGGUCUUUCUGCUUUGUUGUUGUUCCCAUCCCUAAAAAAACAAAAAAAAAAUUCCCAAAAACACUGAUUGGGAAGAAGAAGAAAAGCAUUCCUCUCUCCAGUUGAAAAUGCAUUUCAUUGUCUAGGACCGGGAUCAUCCCAGAUCACUGCCAGGGAUCUGUGAAAGAUGAUGAUGGAGAAAGAAGCGUUCCUGAGCCGAAGACAAUAUUCUGGCCCAAACCCUCCUCCUUCCUAUGAAUAUAGUCUGAUUUGAGAGAGAUCUUGAUUGGGAGAGACAAAAUUUCUACAGCCACCUUUUCACAGUGGCUGUAGAACAGCCGGUCUUGGAUCCUAGAUCGGUACUGGAUUUCUCUCUUAUUUUUCUCCUGGGUAAACAAUGGCAAAAAGAACACAUGGUUGAGGUGGGGGGGGUCCUCCCUGCUCCCCUUUUUCCUCUCCCUCCCCUUUCUGUCAACAAUAAACAGGAU